AUGGAGCCGUCACCGCUGACGCAGGACACGCGCCCGGAAAUCUUCCAACCCAAGAUAAUCUCCCUCUACGAAACCCUCUUCAAAGAAGACGACGAAGAAGUCGAGCUAUCCGCGGGCUUCUGGCAAGAAUUCUUCCUCCACCGCCCCGACCCCACCGGCCUCCAGCGCAUACUCAAUUCGGCAACGCCGGACGAGAUGCUGCACCAGCAAGCGCAUUCGCAGGCACUCUUCAGCCAGGCCAUCCUGCGCGUCAAGCAAGCCCGCGCGCCCGCCGACGAAAUCGCCCUCGAGACCUUGACAGUCUUCCUCGAUGCCGCGCUUACGAAGAAGUACACGAAUCCUAGCUCUGAUAUCAUAGCUGUUCUUACGGGGCUGAAUGAUGCGGAUAAGGUUAUGACGGAGUUUGUUGCGACGCUGGAUACGGCGAUACGGGGGGGAAGGGAUAAUUGCGACGACAGCACCCAAGUUCUCCCCGCGCUCUAUCUCCUCGGCCUCCUCACGAACUACAACAAAUUCGAGUUUCAGAACCCGUAUAGGCUGCGGCUAGACGACUUUGUCAACGAUGCUAUCAUACAGGAUAUGGUCGCUUGUUUUGGGAAUACAUGUACAAAGCUGCGGGACGCCUAUGUAGCUGUACAGGACGACAUGCCAGAGGGCUGGUCGCUGGGCUCGACGUUGAGUUAUAUUGGCCUGGGUGCUCUUGCUCCCAGCUCUCGGCCAACGACACCUGUGCCGGCUCCAGAGGACGCUAAAUCGCUUUUCGCUGCAUUACCUGGGCCUGACAUUGGGGUACUUCUCUCCACGUACGACUUCGCCAACGCCAACAAAGUCUUCUGCUUCAAUCUAGUCAAGUCAGCUCCAGCCGACAAGAGCGAACCGUCACCACUCAGCGCCUACCUUUCCUUGACGUCCUACAUGUUCCAACACGCGCAUCGGUCUACCAGGGCCGCACUAUACACAUACCUCAGCCUCUUCGUGCUGCAAAUACUUGUCGAAGACCGAGAGCUCGCCAAACGCCUAUGCAGUGACGAGUCGAAGCUAUCGGUGCGCUUGUGCCGUCAGAGACAGCCCUACCUCCCGGCAGUGAGGGGUGAUCGUGUCCCUGCAGCUGUCAUUCUAGACAUGAUGUCUGACGCUAUCAGUCAUAAUCUGCGGAGGCGGUUAGACGUUGACUUCUACAUCCUCUGCCUUGGCGUUCUCCUGCGUCUCCUUUCGCACCUCAGUCGAACCAAGACGCGCAUCACAUACCAUUGGUCGGAGUUGUGGCGGACCCUGCUCUCCUUCGUCCGCUUCCUCACCACCUACGAAAGCGAUAUCAAGUCCAACUACAAAUCAAACGGAAUGAUCAACAUACUCGUCAAUCUGCUGGCCUUUGCACUGUCUAGCGGAGAGAACUUUCUGCCCGACCCUGCAUCGUAUGACGAUUUAUUUUACAAGCUCGUGGAGAGCGGCGAUACACUGAUCAAGUUCCGGGACACAUUCGGGUUAUCAGGCCAAUCAGACUCCAUGCAGACGCUCAUCAAUGUGUCUUCACAUUACCAAUCCCUGCUGGAGAGCAACGGAACAGCGCGGUCCAAGCAUCUUAGCCCGCAAGAAGUCAGCGCCGUCAUCAAACAGGGGUACGAGACGUUGUCAAUCGAUGCGAGCGAGGGUUUGGAUCGUUGGGAAAAGUUCCGGGAGGCGGACUUCAAAUCUCUGCUGAAGAAGAUUGCUAGAGCGGCGGUAGAAGAUGCCAAAGCACUGAAUGACGAUAAUUGA